AUGAGACAAGUUCGAUGGCCAACUUCUGUGUCCAUUGUGCGGGUCUUUCUUCGUAGGUUUGCACACAAAACAGGGUCGAAGGGAGAGGCUUCGCUGAAGAAAUUGACAACAAAGUCUGAGAGAGAGUAUUCAGCACUUAUUCGACAGAUUCAACGUAAAUACAAUAUCUUUAAGCCGAAUCAACUUGUUUUAGACUUGGGUUGUGCUCCAGGAUAUUGGAAUCGAUAUGCAGCCUCACAUGUAAAACCAUUCGGAAGGGUUAUAGGAUUAGACGUUGUUCCAUGUCAUGUAGAUAGGAAUAGUUCGUUUCUUCAGGGUAGUUUCUUGAGUUCAGGUGUUCAACACGAAUUAAUUCGCAUGGCUGUUAGGGCACAACAACUUCGGGAUGUGAAACAGGUUGGCAGUAGCAAGGACUAUGCCACCAUCUUAACAGAGUUGCAACAUUCAGAAGAUAUGUACACCAAGUUAUCUUACAGCGAUGUCCAAGUUGAUGUCGUUCUGAGUGAUUUGAUGGCACCUCUUCCUCGAAACGCGCCGUUUGAGCCUCGUUUUGUGCGAAAUGCAUACAAAACGAUGCUGUUAAGCAAGCAACUAGCUGUAGACAGCUGUAAAGAUUCGAUACUUUUGGCGCAUGCUGCUCUUGUGUUGUGUUUUCGAAGCUUAAAACAGUCAGGCAUUUUCGUGUGCAAAGUGCUUAGAGGAGAUGAAACAUUCGCCUUCAGGGAUAAUCUGUUGUUAACCUUCGAGACAGUUCACCAGGUAUCUUGUUUUCGUGACCCGCAAGCUCGAUCACAAACCGUAUUUAUUUGUUUUGGAAAGCGAGAGGAAUUGCCCAUUGGACUCAUUAAUACUUAA